GAUACCAGAACAAUUUUGAAUUAUAUAUAACACACAGGCUGAACAUAAUAAACGCAAUUAGUCACAGUCGGCUCAAUUCUGUCAAUAUGCUCCCCUUUUUUGGUUAUAAUUGUUUAAAGAAAAGCCCUUUAAUUCCACGUUGUUUACAGUGUCUACAACGGGGGCGGACACGUUCAACAUUUCAGAUAACAAAGAAAUAAAGACCUCGUUCCAAUUCUCAGCCAAUUUUCCCGCGUCGUACACGUGGUGAAAUUACUUGGAGGAUCGUAAUGGAUCAAAAUUGCUUUCAUCCAUCUUGAAUUUUCUGCACUGAAGCUUCCUUUCAGUGAAUACGCAAAACAAAAUUUCAUUACUUCUGUUGUCAUGACAUGGAAAGGCGUGUUAUUAAACUAAACUAAAUUGAUUUGAAGGCGGGAAGUGCGACAAACGAGCAAACAAUAACAUGUAUUGCCUAAAGCUUAUCUUCCUCAGCAGCCGGGGUUGAUGAAAGGAAAUCAAACGUUUUAAGAAUGUCACAAAUACGAGGCGAGAAAGAGACACAUUGGACGUUUUGAAAAGUGUUUCACUUAGAACUGAGAAGAAAAUUUUUAGUAGAAAAAUAUAAUCUCAUUUAUCUAUAAUCAUAUACAAUGAGAAUGGUAGCUCAUUUCCUUUCGGAACAUCCUAAUAUUUAACUAAGAAGUACAAUUUAUUUUUAACCUUUUUCGGCAGGUAUUCGUGGGAUUUGAAGAUUAAAUCUACUAAUUUAUCAAUAGACAGGAUCUUUGGUUACAGCUACGUUCUAUAGCAUCAAAACAAAGGCACAUAAAUUGAGCAAUUGCUUAGGAUUGCUUUAGUAUGAAAUGUCAAGCCACACCUCCAGCCUGAAUGAAUAUCUCAAACAAACAAAGUUUGCAUGAUGUUUUCUUUUGAUACAAUAUUGGACCGAAAAGGACGGUUUUACUUGAUUUUAAAAUUUCAGACUGAUAAAUGGCGGAAGCAGUCAUUCAUAAUUUAGGGAGCGCGUACGUGUUAAAGAAAUAAUAAAACUGUCAGAAUUGUGGGAGAAAUUUAGUUGCGGUAAGCCACUUCAAUUCUGUUGUUUCUUUAUUGGCAGGCAUUCCACAUUAAACGAGAUUGCUUUAUUCUGACGAAGCAGGUGGUUACACACAGCUGUAAAUGCAAAACGUGCCUCUUUGUUAUACUAGGAACUGAUGUUAUGUUAAACUUUGCACAGUUGCGGAAAAAGACACUGGAAACCCACUGAAAAUGCCGGAGCAAAACUUCAGCGAGAUGAAAAACGGAUCCUUGACAAACAUGAGAUCUUCCUACGCUCUGCUAGCACCUCCAUUAUUUAGUUUGAUCAUUGUAGUUGGAUUUGUCGGAAACGCGCUGCUUAUUUACACUGUGCUUCGCUGGAAAGAUAUGAGAACCCCAUGCAACUAUCUCAUCGCCAACAAUGCAGUGGCAGAUCUUUGUGUGGUGCUUUUGGCAGCUCCCUUGAGGAUCGUGGAAAUUUACUACGGAUGGCCGCUGGGCAAAUUCAUUUGCCGUCUUCUUGCACCAACACAGGAUGUUUUUGUUGUGGUGUCUGUUCUAACUUACACGAUAAUCGCCUGGGAAAGACACAGGGCCGUUAUCACACCUUUUAAAGCCAAACUAACUUUAAAGAGCGUAACUAUCUCUGCUAUAUUUAUGUGGGUAGUUGCCUAUCUUGGCACCGGUUUGCCCAUUGCCUUAUCUCUAGACGUGAUAACGAUUCAAGGAAAGUCUCUAUGCUUAGCGUCCUUUGGAUCGGACAUUUCCCGGCAGAUCUACGAAUCUUACCUGGUAGCGUUUUUUAUAGCACUACCCCUUUUUCUGCAAACGUUUUGCUAUUCUAGACUCCUUCACCACUUAAGGCGGAAGAACUCCUUCCAGAGGUCGUUUAGAGACUCUACCAGGUCAGACAACCGGGGCAGAAAGAACAAAAGAAGACGACUGAUUCGGGUGACAAUAAUUCUCAUCAUCUUUUUCCAAGUUUGUUACAUUCCAAGAGGAGUUAUCAUGUUACUUUACGAGUUCGCGCGUGGCGUAACGACAAAUGUGUAUUUUAAAUAUACCAACCUCGUUUUUCUGGCUUUGUAUUAUGUAAAACAUGUUAUUAAUCCGAUCAUUUUGUUUACUGUAAGUACGGAUUUUCGUUCGCGCUUUCCGUGUAGAGUUGCAAAUUCCUCGCCCACAUUUUCUUCUUUCAAAAAGGUUUUCUCGUAUCGAAAAUCGUCGCGAAACACUUUGUGCGGAGGAAGCGAGAAUGAGCAUAUAAUUAACAAAGAGACCGUACUGUGAUAAACGUGUUAAAAUAACAGGAAAAGUAUAUUCUUAAAAGAUUGUCACUGAUCGUCCUUUUCUUUUUUUAUUGCGAAAAAAUAUAGAAUGUCAUUUUUUUCUAUCUAGCAUACAUUUGUACAAAGUAUAUUGCGUGUCUUUGAAGCCAUUGAAAAACUGUCGUGGUUUGUGGCGUUGAUUUGCAUUCAAAUUGCUUGUCUCUAUUAAUUAAAACUGCUAGGAGCAAACACUCACUAAAAUAUUGACUGCAAAAAUAAACACGUAUACAAAGGCAAUCGAAACGUUUCAGUUCUCUGCCAAUUGAUGUGUAUCCAAAUUGGUGUUUGGGGUCGUUUUUGCAGAAAGCAAUUUCCUCCCAGCUGAACUUUGAGGGGUUUUUGAGUAAACCACGCGUGAUACUUGUCAAAUAGCUAAAUAGCUUCCAACAGCUGCAGACGGCUGGAAGAUCCUUUGUAGUUCUCGAAGGUAAUUUUCGUAAACUAUGAAGUGGUUUGUGCUUCAUUAACCCGUAACCAGGUUACGGAAUUAACACUAUACGAUUUUCCAUAUCCUCUUUCAGUCUUAAUCUCCAUAAUCCGAAGGACCCUAUUUCAGAUAUUCGUGUCUGCACGCUUAAAAUUCUAACUAAAUCUAGUAAUCAUUCAGUACCCUACCUUAGAGCAAAAUGUAAAACAUAUACCUUAACUUAUUAUAGGAAAUUAACGUUACUGUUAAUUAAGGCAUUCGAAAUUAACACGACUUAAAUUAAUGCGAACUGAAGGAAUAUUACUACCCAAUAAAGGAAACUGACGGGAAAGAGUUGCUAAAAUUUCAAAAUGAGGGAAUUCAACGCGACUUAUUACUCAAAGGAACAAAUAUUUUAACUAAGAGUAAAUUCCCAAAUGCAAGCGAUAUUCAUGGAAUUGUUUCUAAACGUAUAGAGGCUUAGCGAAGCAAUCUUGCCACUUCAAGCUUUCUUUACAGUGUCCUUAUUACCGGUGGAUCUCUACCCUGAUAAAAUCAUGCUUUUUCCUUUUUCUGCUCUAAGCCAUUCGUAAAAUUCCUUCAUGAGCUUGGCGUGACAAGGUUUCGAGAAUUUGGAAAGAAAAUAAUAAUGACAAUUAAGGUCACGGAAGUUUACGUUCCACUUUUCAAUGACACGGAAAUUAACGUGAACAGAAAUCACUCCGACUUAUACAUUGACGCGAAUUUCGUCAAUUAAUUUCAUGAGGCGUUUUUUUGAUAUUUUAUUAGGGAAACCCUUUUUCGAAUCAGAACUUACUCCCGAGUGCGGCUUAUACCAAGACAAAUAUGAUUACUGAGUCUCAGGCCCAACUGCAGAAUUUUGAGAAUCGCGUGAAUUUGCUGAGCCGAAUUGGGGUCAUUAUUUCAACAACGCGCCCCUUUUUUCUUCGGUUGACAAAAGUCACAUUUCCUACGGGUAAAUAUUUGGUGCCUACAAUUAUGUAGCUGCUAUUGAUUUUUGGUGCUAGGGAUUUGUUUGCACACGUGGUGUUCAUCUGUAGCUGGCAGCUAGUUACUGAGUCGUAUAUAAAGAGUCGCGGAAUUCACAAACCACUCACUGAGAAGAACAAACUUUGUUAUAUCAGCAAGGGCGUUUCCUUUGUCUUCAGCUUACUAAGCUGCAUCUUUUAAGGGAGCUGAUGACUCUUCCCACAAGAUUAAAAGAUCCAAAUAUCUUCCCUACGGAUCCUUACCUUGAAAGAGGGUAUAUGUCAGGUAAGAGUUAACUACUUCACACCUUCAAGUCCCGGUGUGCAAUAUUCAGUGAAUGA